AUGUCGUCUAAAUACCCAAGAAAAGCUCAACCCGAGUCUCAACCCUCCAAACCCACCCUUCCAUUCGACAUCGACAACUACCUAAACCCUUAUGUCCCUCGCAAUCCUCUAUAUCUCCUUCCAGCCUGGAUUUCGUACUGGUUCGGCUACCGUCCUCCUCUCAAGGACGCAGGAGGACCUUCAGAUCGCCGUUGUCGCCACCAUUACUUCCAGACAAUAACAGUAUGGUGCUCCGUCUUCGUCGGCGCCUUCUGCGGGCUUGCCAUCAUUGAAAACGUCUUCCUCGCUCUCCCUCCCCUGUCAGGCCAUGAGGUGCCCAUCAUUAUCGCCUCGUUCGGCGCGGCCGCCAUUCUCGAAUACAACACCAUCGAAUCGCCCCUUUCACAGCCGCGAAAUCUGGUAUUGGGCCAUUUCCUCUCCGCCAUCGUGGCAGUCGGGAUCACCAAACUGUUUGCUCUUUUGCCCUCGGCGCGGUUCGACGAGCUUCGCUGGCUCGCCGGCGCUCUAGCCGUCGGAGCUGCCAGCGUGGUCAUGAGCAUUACCAAAACGGUGCAUCCGCCUGCGGGGGCAACGGCGUUGUUGGCCGCGACGAAUGUCGAGAUCCAACAUCUUGGAUGGUGGCUGCUGCCGUUAGUCUUGCUGGCUGCCUCGCUCAUGCUGGCCAGUGCACUGGUACUGAACAACGUCGCAGGCCGCCGGUUUCCCAUCUAUUGGUGGACGCCGAUCGAUUUGAAAGCACUGCGAGAGGAGCGGUUGGAGAGGCGACCACAGGCUGCGUUCAUGGAUACCGACCCAGAGAAAGCCAUGGAGUCUCAGUCCAUAUCGCCAUCGACAACAAGCAGUCGCCGCAAAGAAUCCGGCAUUUCGGACGCGGACACUGAAGCUGGCUCACAAGAGAUUGGGGAUGGUGGGCAUGACGAAGACCUACGCAAGACGGGAACCCGGUCCACACGUCUAACGCAUACCGCAUCAUGUUCUUCCGCGGGUCGAAUCCUUCAUCGACCGUUUUCUGAAUCGGCUGAAACGUUGGAUCGGCAGUUGAGCGCAACUACAUCACCUGCUGUUGCUGCUAUCGAUGGACGAAUGGCCGGACAACGAAGUCAAAGCCGAAAUCGGAGCAAAAAUCAGGUCGAGUCUCAAACUGGCCAGAUAGACAGACUGAAAGAUCGAUCAGGCGAGAAUACUAGGAUAAUCAUCACGAGAGACCAGCUCAUCGCCCCGGACUGGCUGCAGCUGAAUGACUAUGAAGACGAGAUUCUGCGGAUUCUGAGAGAGCGAUUAAAAGAUGGUUGA